CUACAGCCAAUCAGAGAAGAGAUAGAGGAAGGUAGGCGUUCCAGCAACGGCAUGAAUUCUGAACGAGUGCCCGGACUGUUGAAGGUGUAGCGGCAAAUUCUGGAUGAAGAGAGACAGACUGUCCAUGAAGCUUUGAGGAACUUGUGGAGGAGCACAAACAUUUCCACUUUUAAAGUCGUACGAAAUGGAAUGAAUCAUAUCUUUGGAGCAAACUUUGAAAGGGUGAUGCUUAAUCUGCAGAAGGUUUAUUAGAAGCACCAAGCAAUUUAUUUGCCAUAAAUUGUUAUUUUUUCCAUACUCAUCAUCAUCUCAGUACUGCAAUCAUGGGUACAGCCGGUUAUGGAUAUUACCGCACUGUUAUAUUCAUCUCAAUGUUUGUGGGCUACAUGCUGUAUUACUUCAACCGAAAGACUUUCUCCUUUCUGAUGCCAUCGGUGAUGAAUGAGAUCGAGCUGGAUAAGGAAGAGCUUGGUCUGAUCAUCAGCAGUCAGACUCUCGCCUACGCCAUCAGUAAGUUUAUCAGCGGCGUGCUUUCAGACAGGAUCAGCGCACGAUGGCUCUUCUCCAUCGGGCUUUUCAUUGUGGGCGUCAUAAACAUCUUAUUCUCCUGGUCCUCUACUGUGAUGAUGUUUACCGUGCUGUGGUUCAUAAAUGGAUUUGGUCAGGGUUUCGGCUGGCCGCCGUGUGGAAAAGUGCUUCGGAAGUGGUUUGAACCUUCUCAGUUUGGGACGUGGUGGUCCGUCCUGUGCUGCAGUAUGAACAUGGCGGGUAGUUUAGGACCCAUCAUCACUACGGUGUUGGUUCGUUACUAUGACUGGAGAAUCAUCAUGUCCAUGUCAGGGGUGAUCUGCAUGAGCGUCGCAGUCGUGUGUCUUCUGCUGGUGAAGAACGAACCCAGUGAUGUUGGGCUGCCCAACAUUGAACCUGGAGCUAAGGGCAAAGGGAAGAAGGGAGCCUCUAAUAAUGAAAGUACCUUAAAAGAGUUCCUGCUGUCUCCUUACCUCUGGGUGCUGUCUGCGGGUUACCUGGUCGUGUUUGGGGUAAAGAUCGCCUGCACUGACUGGGGUCAGCUCUUCCUUAUGCAGGAGAAAGGCCAAACUGCUGUGAUGGGCAGUUCGUACAUGAGCGCAUUGGAAGUCGGUGGGUUUUUUGGCAGCAUUGGAGCCGGUUAUUUGUCUGACAGGGCUGUUGCAAAGCAAGGGCUCGGUACCCACGGGAAUCCUCGCCAUGCGCUCCUCCUGAUGAUGAUGGGAGGCAUGGCCGUCUCCAUGUACCUCUUCCGGGUCACCAUCACACCAGAAGACCCAGAGGUGGAACCACUGUGGGCUUUGGCUCUUCACCCUGUUUCACUUCUCACUGGUGUGUCGGAGAAAGAGCUCUGGAUUUUAAUUCUUGGUGCUGCGUUUGGAUUUUCCUCAUAUGGACCAAUUGCCUUGUUUGGAGUGAUAGCGAGCGAGAGCGCCCCCUCCAAUUUCUGUGGGACAUCUCAUGCCAUCGUAGCUCUCAUGGCAAACGUUGGUGCAUUCAUUGCUGGCUUGCCAUUCAGCACCAUCGCCAAACGCUACAGCUGGGACACAGCAUUCUGGGUAGCAGAGAUCGCCUGCGCUGUAACAACAGUUUGCUUCUUCUUUGUGCGCAACAUGCGCACGAAAAUGGGGCAUGUGCCUAAAAAGAUGGACUAACACUAUUGUCAUUAAACCAUUUAGAGGCCCUUCCAAUGUGAAGGCACUCAGCCAAUAAGGGACUUUUACCACUAAAGAACUGUUCGAUUUGAAUGUGAGUGUUACUGUUGUUCAUUUAGUCUAUUUGAAUUUUGGAAAA